AUGGCAGAGAAGACAUGUAAACUAGGGUCAAUUACUGAUACGUUAGCGAUAUAUAACGAAUUCUAUACAAAUUUCAAGAAUGCUGUAGGGGGCCAAGGUGACAGGAGUACCGAUGUUACAAAAUUACAUACUGCAUUAAGUAGCAAUUUCUCACAAUGUAAAAAAAUUAUUGCGGACGCUGCAAAAAACGCCAACGCCUACGAAGAUGCAUGUAUGCAGAAUAAUAGCGCACAGUCCAAUAGUAUACCCUGCCGCUCGUUCUAUUAUUGGUUUGGACACAAAUACUGGUCUCACCUAAAUCGUAAAACACUUUCGGAGGUUUUGAAAGUAAUUUACGAAACGCUGGGAACUUCUUCCUUCAGCAGUGGAAAUAAAUGUGAAUUUAAGUACAAAGAUCUUGAGGACCAUACCAUUUUUCGCAACAUGAAAAUCAUAUUCGAUUAUUACCACGGUUAUAAGAAUGUACCAAAUUUAUUAAGUACGAGUGGUAUUACCUGUCUGAAGGAAUGGUCCAAUUAUUGGACCACACUUUCAUCAGCAUGUAAGGCUAUGGAGGAGAAGUGCACAGGUGACAACGAUCACAAGGGGAAACCAUAUUGUACAGACUUUGAGAAAACCUAUGCAAUACAUUGUGAUAUGGCUGAGCUCCAGCAAAAGAUGGAUGUAUUAAUAACAAAGAUUCAGCGUGAAGCACAAAAAACGUUAAGUAAAGCCAGCACCACUUCCUCCCUUUCUUCUAUCCUUGGCACCUUAGCAACAAUCGGUACCCCUUUCUUAUUAUACAAAUAUAAACCAUGGUCUUCGUUGUUUGGUAACCACUCUUCUGAAAAUGGAGGAGGAAGAAGGAAGAAAGGAUCAAGCCGACGACAACAAUUUGACGAAUUAACAGAAACUUCCACAAUGGACUUGACGGACAGUUCAGAAACAAGUUCCACGUUUGAUCCCAAUACAGUACCUUCCUCUACUGCGUACAACACAAGACAACCUAGUAAAGGAAGAACAAAUAAUAAUAGUACACCAGGUCAUCAUCAUCAAAGAACGAAUGUAGGUUACGGUCUCAUUUUGAAUAACCACAUAAGGAAAGAAUACUCCCAACGCGGAUGCGGAAAAAGGUCCUAA